AUGAUGACAUCGGAUCCCAAGUUAAUCAAAAAUAUUUUGAUCAAAGAUUUCCAAACAUUUGGCAAAUCAAUUACACCAUUAUUUUCGCCGUCAGUUCAUCCGGUUUUCAGUCAUACCAUCGACAAUGCAAGCGGCGAUAGUUGGCUACGUAUGCGGGCCGUCAUUAGGACACUGUUUACCGAUCGGAAACUUAGAUCGUAUGUUAAGAAAAUUUCCGGCAAUUUAGCCGAAUUGACGAAAUCAUUGGAUAAAAUGUUUGGUAACGAGUUAUCAAUUGUUGUCGAUAUGAAACAAGUUUUUAUUAAUCAAUCGAUGGAUUUAACUGGAAAUGUAGUGUUUUCGUGGAUGAAACAAAAUCAUACUGUUUAUAAUAAUAAUAAUAAUAUUAAAUUUACUAAACUUACCAAGCUAGUUAAACGUUUAUUUUUUCCAUCAAAAUGGCGUAUAUUGGCCAGUCGUGUGUUACCGAAAUUUAUCGUACAAGUGCUCGAUAUUAACGACCUUAUAUCUAGCAGAGACCUCGACCUGUUUGCUGACUUAACGGCACAGGAGUUUAGUAAUCGACAAAUGAUUUUAUCUACCGAUACCUAUGAUAGGGACGAUAAAGACAAUGAUAACGAUGACGACAACGACGACUAUUUUCAAUCGAUGCUCAAUCGUUGCCCGGAUUUUAUUAUUGGCAAAAAAACUGGUAAUUAA